GGCUACUGGCGCUAGUGGCAAAGUUUGGGAAUGACAGAAAGACUGUUGAAGAUAAUCGCGGAGAGGAGCUGGAAUGCUACUGCUUUGCGGAUUACAGUAACAGUUACACGUUGUUUUCUAUAAGCACCCAACUCUAGUGCUUGGAUUCGGCAGGGUCUAAAUAAAGGUACGCAAUCCUGAGACAUGUCGGAGGACCAGAGCUCCCAACCCUCCCAACCCUGGUCCAUCAACAAGGAUGACUACGAGCUGCAGGAGGUGAUCGGAAGCGGAGCUACAGCUGUGGUCCAGGCUGCCUACUGUGUGCCCAGGAAGGAGAAGGUCGCCAUCAAACGCAUCAAUCUGGAAAAAUGCCAGACCAGCAUGGAUGAGCUCCUGAAAGAGAUUCAGGCGAUGAGUCAGUGUCACCAUCCCAACAUUGUGUCGUAUUACACCUCGUUCGUGGUGAAGGAUGAGCUGUGGUUGGUCAUGAAGCUGCUCAGUGGUGGCUCUGUGUUGGAUGUUAUAAAGCACAUCAUUUCAAAAGGGGAACACAAGAACGGUGUACUGGAUGAACCCAGUAUAGCUACUGUGCUGAAAGAGGUCCUUCAGGGUCUUGAGUACCUUCACAAAAAUGGACAGAUCCACAGGGAUCUCAAAGCUGGAAACAUCCUGCUGGGGGAGGACGGAUCAGUGCAAAUCGCAGAUUUUGGUGUAAGUGCCUUCUUAGCCACUGGUGGUGACAUGACUCGAAAUAAAGUGCGGAAGACGUUUGUGGGAACACCAUGUUGGAUGGCUCCAGAAGUGAUGGAGCAGGUGAAAGGUUACGACUUCAAAGCAGACAUCUGGAGUUUUGGGAUCACAGCCAUCGAGCUGGCCACAGGCGCUGCUCCUUACCACAAAUACCCUCCUAUGAAGGUGUUGAUGUUGACCCUGCAGAAUGAUCCGCCUUGCCUUGAGACUGGAAUCACAGAUAAAGAGAUGUUGAAGAAAUAUGGGAAAUCCUUGAGGAAAAUGAUCUCGUUGUGUUUGCAGAAGGACCCAGAGAAAAGGCCAACAUCAUUAGAGCUCCUAAAACAUAAAUUCUUCCAGAAAGCCAAGAAUAAUGAAUUUCUGCAGGAGAAAUUAUUACAGAGAGCACCUACAAUUACAGAGAGAGCGAAAAGGGUUCGGCGAGUUCCUGGCUCUAGUGGGAGACUCCAUAAAACAGAAGAUGGAGAAUGGGAAUGGAGUGAUGAUGAACUGGAUGAGGAGAGCGAGGAGGGCAAAGCUGCUGUUGCUGCCUUGCGGGAGCAGCAGUCCAAGUCGACAAGGCGACAAGUCCGUUUCUCUCAUCCUCUUGAGCUGCCCCCACCCAGGUCACCAAGAGUAAAAGAAGGACUCCAGAACGCAGAGAUAUUCCAGCCUUUCAGCAGUCACCUCCAGCCUGAACUACCUCAAGCUGUUGGCCAGGGCCCGGCCAACCCUCAACACACUGCCCCAAGUACAACCCCGACCCCAGCUUCGAACCCUGCACAGGCCCCAGUUUCUGGAGGCGAUGCCUCACCAUCCCCCAUCAGUUUAGUAUUAAGGUUAAGAAACUUGAAAAAGGAACUGAAUGACAUACGAUUUGAGUUCAUGCCUGGCAGAGACACAGCAGAUGGGGUUUCGCAGGAGCUGGUAUCGGCUGGCUUGGUAGAUGGGAGAGAUUUAGUUAUAGUGGCUGCUAAUUUGCAGAAGAUAGUCGAAGAGCCUCAUUCCAAUAAAAAUGUCACAUUUAGACUGGCCUCUGGCGUUGAGGGCUCUGAGAUUCCUGAUGAUGUCAAACUCUUGGGAUUUGCUCAGCUCAGCAUUAGCUAAACUUUAGCUCUGUGCAGGACCAUGACUUGCCUACAAAUGUGAAAGCAAACCAACACUACCGACCGAAUAUCACAUUGAUGUAUUUUUUCCUCUUUCAAUUGCCCUAAAGAAACCACUGUUGCCAAAGAGAAAGAUACUAUAGCGCCAGCCCAUAGGAUUUCAAACAGCCCAACGGAAGAGUUGCACGAACAUGACAAUGAUCAGAAUUUGUAGGAAUCGAUUAAAAUAAAGUUUAUGAUUUAUUUGUAUAAGGAUGCAAUUAUCAUAACCAGAUAUAACCCUAAUAUUCUUUUUUUUAACGUUUGUCCUAGUUUUGCCUAAUCUGAACUGACAACCUAAAAAUGAACAAUGCAAAAAUGCCUCCAAUAUAACUACUGAGUGCAUAAAAGAGGAGUGAAAGUCGAAGAAACAUGGAGUUUAUAGAGGAAGUAAAUGGGUUUAGCUAUAGUUAUAGCUUUAUUUUUUAACCUAUAUUUUUUUCUAUGCUUUUGAAGAGAAGCAGCUAAGCAUGUUUUAUCACACAGCUUGCAUUAUUUACUUCAGUUUAAACCGGCUUGAUGAGCAUUUGCAGAAUCUGCUUGAUUUUUUUUUUUAAUUAAUUGUACGCUGACUAAUAUCAAUACAAACAGAAAAAUAGCACUCAGAUAUUUCAGAUUCUGCAGAUGAAAUGAUUUAUUCAGUGUCAUUGAGCCCUAAUGAACACUCCUGAAGGCUGGUUUUACUGCUUUCCCUCCCUUUUUUGCUGUCUCAACCUGGCACAUUUGCUAAUGUUACUAUCCCAUGCUGCUCUAAAAAUUAUUGCCUUAAUGUUUCUACACAUUUUUGCAUCACACAUAUCUCUCCUUUUUUAGAUUUGGCUUCCAUUUGUGAAUUAUGGUUUUAAUUUUUUUUGACAUUAUCUGUGACUUUUCAUUUUUAUAAGUCUCUCUGUAAGUGAAAAGGUAGAAGUACCUGAGGUACCUGAUGAAACUUUGGUGUUUGGUUUUUUCCUGCUCUGGAAUUGAACUCUUAUAAAGUAUUCAUGUGUAUUUCUGUUGUGGAUGAACUCAGUUGAGCAUGUAAAUAAUGUAAUUUGCCAUUGGUUUGAUUUUAUAUGGGAUGUUUCACUCAUGGCCUUUGUGUUCUUCAUAAAUAAGGUGAUGGGAGGUGGUGUCAGCUACUAAAGACA